AUUGUAAAGUACUUCUUAUCCAUAUCACUCAUAUCAGUGAUAUUAUGGAUAUUAUUCACAUCGUAAUAUUAUUUUGAUUAAUAUUAUUUGAAAUCUUUAUUUUAUUUACAAUUUUGCCGCACUACAAUAUCAAACUGCCACGAGCAACGAGCCGCCACUGUGAAAUGUAUAAUUAUAAUGUAAUUGUAUAAUAUAUAAUAUAUUUUAAAUAGCUGACAAAGUAGAUGUACUUACUAAAAGUAUCUGUUGAACCACUUGAGUCUAAGUCGUACUUAUUGGAUGGACAAUUUUUUUCUAUAGUCAAAGAAGAUGGAACAAAAAUGACUGGACAAUGUAAAAAUUGUUUUGAAAAUAAUUCAAGGACAAAAUUAUCGACAGGAGACUUCUUAAGUCACAUUAAAUAUAAGCAUAAAACAUUGCUUCCAAAAGUUAAAGAGGCUUGAAAAAAGGAAAGAAGUCUAUAACAUCUAUAACUCAUACAGAAUUACACAGCAAACGGUCUGCUAAAUUAUCAAAACAAUGGAUAUAUUUUUAUUUACCUGGGCUCAACACUAAGGAUAACUUCAUAGCAAGAAUCAAAAACCAUGGAAAUAACCUAUCCAGUAGUGCCUAUAAACAAGUACACAAGCUAUGAAACAAGGAAAUCCUACACAGAACGAAAACAUGAUUAAGGCGAUAAUCUGAAUUUUAUUUUAGUUUUUUGUAUUUGCCCGCUGUGAGAAACAACUUUAAAUACACACGCACGUCCGCAAAUAGUUUUAUCCCAUUGUCGUUUCCGAUCGACGAUAGUAGCUACAACAUUGGCCGCCAUACAAACUUUCACACGUGGAUCGCGGCUAUCACCGAUACUUUAACAAAAUGGAAGACAAAGCGCAACAACCAAAUGCUAAUGACAGGUCCUAUGUACCCGGCCAAGAUGAUGAUGAUAAGAAAGUGUUUGUUGGUGGCUUAGGCAGGACCAUUACCGAGGAUGAACUUCAUGAUUAUUUCAUGCAAUAUGGUGACAUUGAAAACAUCAACAUCAAGAUCCACCCAUUUUCCGGAGAAUCCAGAGGAUUUGCAUUUGUACAGUUCGUGAAUGCGAAGACUGUGGACGAUUUGUUGGCUGUUGAGGAACAUUCCAUCGCUAAUAAAAAAAUCGUUCUUAAGAGGGUAAUUAGGAGAGUUAACCCAUUGCUUUGUAAAAUCUUUGUUACUGGCUUAACUUACGAAAUUACUGAAGAAGAUGUACGCAAUUAUUUUGUUCAAUUCGGUCAAAUUAUUGAUUUUCACCAACCUUUUGAUAAAAUUAAAAAACAAAAGAAGAGUUAUUGUUUCAUAACGUUUCAAGAUUCUGAAGUUGUUAAUCAAAUAUUGGAAAAUCCCAAACGAGUUAUCAAUGGCCAAAAAAUACAUGUAAGAAAAUUCAAGUUUAAUUCAAUGACUGCUAAUGGAGCCAGGGCUGGUCCAAUGGGUGAUGCUAGAGGUCCUGCUACUUUUGGUAUGAGAUCAGUAUAUCCUGGUUAUAUGGCACUAGAAACUGCUUCGCCCUAUGGUACUGCUGCAAAUAAUAGUUAUGCAUACGGUGCUUAUAGUGGAAAUGGCUAUUCCGCAACUGGCUAUGGUGGUGGUGGUUAUCGAGCACAAGCCUAUCCAGGUGGCCAGUAUCGAGAAGCAACAUAUCCACGACAUGCAUUUUAUUGAAUUACCUAAUCUGUAUCAAAAUGUAAACACUACAUGAUUAUUACCUUCAUUCUACAUUAAUUUAUUUGUACAACAGUAUUUUAUUUUUAAAUUAUAGGUGAAAAAAAAUCUUAACUGUCUUAUUGUUUAUAAUGUAUAAUCUUGUGAAAUUUGUCGAUUAAAUACAAAAAAAAAUGCAAUAAUUAUUAGUUAAUAGUUAUAAGAAAUCAAAUCAAAUAAUUUACUGAUAUUAUAAUUUUAAAAAAAUGUAUGUUUAUAUUUU